AUAUUUCCAUAACCAAUAAUAUUGUAUAUUCAUCUGUUUGAAGCUGGCGUGUAAAACCGAAUGGAAAAGAUGCAAAACGAAACUUCAGCACGGGAAGCAUAGAAGUAGCACACACAGAACAGAACUACCGCUGCGUAUACUUGCUUUCAAUAUGAAUGAAAUAUCUAUAACUUAUAUUUCUAUGUGAAUGUAUUCGAUUCUCCCAAAAAGUUACAUAUUGUAGCAAGGGCCAGGUCAGCAUCACCAGCCAGAGGGCGCUCAGUUUCAGAUGAUUUUAUUUUGGAGAGGAAGUUAAUAGUAGGUGGUUUGAGAGGAAUCGGAGAAACAUAAGCCGUUUAUAAUCGCAAUGGAAACACAUGAUGUUGUUUAAUUCACUUGCAUUUGACUCGCGGAGUGCACAGCUUGGCUACUUUGAAUCGCGGUCGUAUAAGCGAGCUGCUGAAAGCGAUGGUUAAAGUUUGAGACCGAUCGAAUCAAAAUCAAGACGAUGAGACAAAAAAGACACGAUCGUUGAAUAGGAUUAAAAGCGCCCGGAAACCUUUAUCUCUUCUUUGGUCAGAUUCUGCUCACUUAAUUCAGUAUUGGUGACCAGUUCCCUGGUGUUUUGUUUUAGAAAAUGUACAAGAUGUAAAUCCACAGCCAUGUGGUUUAUUUUCUUUCCAUAGCUCAUAUUUCUCUAAGGAGGCUAAUUUUAGUAAAGAAAAAAAGGGUUGGAUUUCAUCCCUCUGCUUCCUACAACAGACAUCUGUUACCAGUUGAAGUAUCAUUCCCUCUGAAAAUAGCAGCAAACAGGAAAUUGCUCACACACUGAAGUCUCUUCAGGUUCCCAUGUGAGGUCAUAAAGAUGGGACACGGCGGUGUGGGGAGCAGAGCUGGUGCUGGCGGCUGACAGGCCCCUCCAGUGGCCAAUCAGGAUGCAUGUUUCCUCAAUGGGUGUCAGCAAGCUCUGCUUCCUGUUCUCCCUGGCUCUCUGUGCCCUGUUGCUCCUCAUUCCCACCCUCCAGCCCUCACAGCAUCAGGGGGACCUUCCCCGGCCUCGGGCCCACAACAAGCCUGCCCGGCACCCUGGACGUCUGGUGGUUCCUCUCCAGACAGAUAUGGGGAAAGUGACAGUGGGGCGUAAUGUAAUUGAUGGUGACUCUAUGGGACAGAGUACACCCAGAGAGACCAAGAGGUCUGUGGAUGGGGACUGGGUGUAUACAGCUCGUCGAGCUGACACCCAGGGCGCUGGGAAGCAUAUAGACUCUCAGACAGGGUCAGAGGGGGACUUCCUCCACAGAACUGGGGGUGUGACGGGGGCUGGAGGGUCUCGGCCCAGGAACCCUCUGGAGCUGAAAGACAUUUUCAUAGCGGUGAAGACCACCAGGAAGUACCACAAGUCCAGAUUGGAUCUGCUGUUCCAGACCUGGGUGUCCAAAGCCAAAGAACAGACCUUUAUAUUCACAGAUGGGGAGGAUCAGGAGCUGAGGAGUAGAGCAGGGGCUAACGUCAUCAACACCAACUGUUCAGCAGCACACACGCGGCAGGCCCUGUGCUGUAAGAUGUCUGUGGAAUACGACAAGUUCAUCGAGUCACAGAGGAAGUGGUUCUGCCAUAUGGAUGAUGAUAACUAUGUGAUUGUACCCAGUCUGCUGAAGCUGCUGUCCUCCUACCACCACACACAGGAUGUUUAUCUGGGCCGGCCCAGCCUUGACCACCCCAUAGAGGCCGCAGAGAGGGUCAAGAGUGACGGAUCUGUGUCAGUGAAGUUCUGGUUUGCUACAGGAGGAGCAGGGUUCUGUAUCAGUCGUGGUCUGGCCCUCAAGAUGAGUCCAUGGGCUAGUCUGGGCAACUUCAUCAGCACGGCGGAGAAGAUCCGUCUCCCUGACGACUGCACCAUGGGUUACAUCAUUGAGGCGCUGCUGGAGGUGACACUGACACACACACACCUCUUCCACUCCCACCUGGAGAACCUGCAGAGGCUUCCCACAGACACCGUGCUGGAGCAGGUCACUUUGAGCUACGGGGGAUUUGAGAACAGGAGGAAUGUGAUCAGCAUUGGAGGAGCCUUCUCUCUGGUGGAGGACCCGUCACGGUUUAAGACUGUCCACUGCCUCCUCUACCCAGAUACUGACUGGUGUCCUAGUAUGGGUCACCAUUGAUGACCACUACAGUACAGCAUAUCUACAAUACUUCCUACCGGCCUGGUUGACUGGUGUCCUAGUAUGGGUCACCAUUGAUGACCACUACAGUACAGCAUAUCUACAAUACUUCCUACCUGCCUGGUUGACUGGUGUCCUAGUAUGGGUCACCAUUGAUUACCACUACAGUACAGCAUAUGUACAAUACUUCCUACCUGCCUGGUUGACUGGUGUCCUAGUAUGGGUCACCAUUGAUGACCACUACAAUACAGCAUAUCUACAAUACUUCCUACCUGCCUGGUUGACUGGUGUCCUAGUAUGGGUAACCAUUGAUGACCACUACAGUACAGCAUAUCUACAAUACUUCCUACCGGCCUGGUUGACUGGUGUCUCUGUGUAUGCUAGCUAUAUCAUGGCCAUGGCAAAAUUAUUACAAGGCCAAACAGGUUCACUGGCACCCAGGCUAACCCUACAGAACCACUUCACUCAGAUCAAAUGGCUAGACGUCUGUGGGUUUUUGAGAGGACAUGAGGCGAGAGAAGAUGAGGUAACUGGAGUGAGGAUCGCUUUGGACAUGGUGGGAUGAUGAAGAAACACCCCACUACUCUUUAUUAUCACUAGUGUACCCUCCAGUCAACGCAGGAAGUUGCCACUGUUGGCUGUUGCCAUAUCAAUGAUUCACCACUCAUUGCUUUUGUUGUAGCUUUGAAUCCCAAACAUACUAUUGUGGUCCAGAUAUACAGUGGGGGGGUGGGAAGUAUUUAGUCAGCCACCAAUUGUGCAAGUUCUCCCACUUAAAAAGAUGAGGCCUGUAAUUUUCAUCAUAGGUACACUUCAACUAUGACAGACAA